ACGAUGCAUCAUCUUCUUCGCGGUUCGGUUCCUCACCGCCCCUCGACCUCUCGUCUCCGUCCAAAAUGGACUCUCAGUUGCUCAGCAAUUCAUAAAAUGCGUUGAAGGGAGAAGCCACAGAGAGAGGGAGAGAGGGAGAGAGGGAGGGUGAGGUUCCAAUCCUCGAUCGAUGUCGAUGUCGAAGAGAUCGAGAUCGUCGUCCCCCACAAUUCGAACUCGAUGACGAUCUCCUCCUCCUCCUCCUCGUCCUCGUCCUCGUCCGCUUCGUCCUCUUCCGGCGAGGGGGGGUGCAACCCGGUGCGUAUGGCGGGGCCGGUGACGAUGGAACACGUGCUCCUUGCGCUGCGGGAGACGGAGGAGGAGCGCGAGGUUCGGAUCCGGGGGCUGUUCGGGUUCUUCGACGCGGCCGAGUACAAGUACGCCCGGGACCUCCUCAGCGUCUGCGACGCCAACCGCGACGGCCGCGUCGACUACCACGAGUUCCGCGCCUACAUGGACGACAAGGAGCUCGAGCUCUACCGCAUCUUCCAGGCCAUCGACGUCGAGCACAACGGCUGCAUCCUCCCCGAGGAGCUCUGGGACGCCCUCCUCAACGCUGGGAUAGAAAUCGAUGAUGAGGAGCUCGCUCGUUUUGUGGAGCAAGUUGAUAAGGACAACGAUGGAAUUAUAACUUUUGAAGAAUGGAGAGAUUUUCUUCUACUUUACCCUCACGAAGCAACAAUUGCAAACAUCUACCAGUAUUGGGAAAGAGUUUGCCUUGUAGAUAUUGGUGAACAAGCGGUUAUCCCGGAAGGUAUAAGUAGGCAUGUAAAUGCAAGCAAGUACCUCAUUGCAGGAGGAGUUGCAGGAGCAGCUUCCCGUACAUCCACUGCUCCUCUGGAUCGUCUUAAAGUGGCUAUGCAAGUACAAACAUCACGGGCUCAAAUUAUGCCGGCAAUCAAGAGCAUAUGGAAAGAGGGCGGUCUUUUGGGAUUUUUCAGAGGAAACGGAUUGAAUGUGAUCAAAGUUACACCUGAGAGUGCAAUAAAAUUUUACACUUACGAAAUGCUAAAAGAUUUUAUUGUCAAGAAUAAAGGGGAGAAUAAGAGCGACAUUGGUGCUUUCGGGCGCUUAAUUGCUGGUGGUUUGUCCGGUGCAGUGGCACAAACAGCAAUUUAUCCAAUUGAUCUUGUAAAAACUCGACUUCAGACUUACGUGUGUGAAGGUGGCAAAGUUCCUAAUCUUGGUACACUGUCUAGGGACAUAUGGGUGCAGGAAGGGCCUCGAGCGUUCUACAGAGGCCUCAUCCCAUCCCUUCUUGGAAUUAUCCCUUAUGCUGGUAUUGAUCUUGCAGUAUAUGAGACCUUGAAAGAUAAGUCUAAACCAUAUCUUGUAGAUAGCGAACCUGGUCCACUUGUUCAACUGGGUUGUGGAACCAUUUCAGGAGCUCUGGGAGCAACAUGCGUGUACCCCUUGCAGGUUAUUAGAACCAGGUUGCAAGCUCAAAAAGCCAAUUCAAAUGCUGCUUAUAAAGGAAUGUCUGAUGUGUUCUGGAAGACCCUUCAGAAUGAGGGUUUUAGGGGAUUCUAUAAAGGGAUACUACCGAAUCUCCUAAAAGUGGUACCAUCUGCAAGUAUUACUUACCUUGUUUAUGAGAGCAUGAAAAAGAAACUCUCUCUUGAUUAAA